UUUGUUGCUGAAAAAUGCCGAUUAAUCAUUUUUGCAGAAAGCAUAUACUGGCCUGUGUUUAGUGUUGCAACUGCAGCUGCUAUUGUUGCAAGUCAGGCCACCAUAACUGCAACUUUUUCAUUAAUCCAGCAGGCCCUUGCGCUUGGCUGUUUCCCAAGAGUCAAAGUUGUAUAUACAUCAAGGAGCCAUCACCAGAUAUAUAUUCCAGACAUUAAUUGGAUUCUUAUGAUUCUAUGCAUUUCUGUGACAGCUGGAUUUAAAAAUCAAAGCCAAAUUGGGAACGCUGCUGGGACGGCUGUUGUCAUAGUCAUGUUGGUAACCACAUUUCUUAUGAUUUUAGUCAUGAUAUUAGUGUGGCGCUGCCAUUGGACUCUUGUACUCAUUUUCGCUUGCUUAACAUUGGUAGUGGAGGGCACUUACUUUUCUGCAGUACUCCUUAAGGUCAAUCAAGGUGGGUGGGUUCCUCUUGUGAUUGCGGUAGCCUUCUUUAUCGUUAUGUAUGGCUGGCAUUACGGUACAGUAAUACGCUUUGACAUUGAGAUGCACAGUAAGGUAUCGAUGGCAUGGAUUCUCGGACUCGGUCCCAGUUUAGGACUGGUUCGGGUACCUGGGAUAGGACUUGUGUACUCUGAGAUAGCCACUGGAGUGCCCCGCAUCUUCUCUCACUUUAUCACCAACCUACCCGCCAUCCAUUCUGUUGUUGUCUUUGUCUGCGUGAAGUACCUUCCUGUCUGCACAGUCCCAGAAGAAGAACGGUUCCUGGUAAAGCGGAUUGGACCCAAUAACUUCCACAUGUUCCGUUGUGUUGUAAGAUAUGGCUACAAAGACGACCACAAAAAGGAUGAUGACUUUGAGGAGAAGCUCUUUGACAACCUCUUCACGUUUGUCCGGCUUGAGUCCCUGAUGGAAGGAUCUCCAGGCUCUGAUGUAUCCAGUAUACUUAACCAGCAAACAAUCCAAUCAAGAGAUGCCAUGUGGAACAAUAACAACAACAGUAUACCUUACUCCAGUGCAGACCUGUCAAUUACAUCAGUGGACUCAAUUGAGCUUGCUGAUUCUCCAAUGUACAUGAGCCAGCCUCUGACGUGCUCCAUUCCGACAAGCAGCCAGCUGGUGGAGAUCGAUGAAAUAGAAUUCUUGAACAGGUGUAGAGAUGCAGGGGUGGUGCACAUACUGGGAAAUACUGUAGUGAGAGCUAGGAGGGACUCAAAUUGUUUUAAAAAGAUGGCUGUUGAUUACCUUUAUGCAUUUCUUAGGAAGAUAUGUAGAGGAAACAGUGUACUCUUCAAUGUUCCUCAUGAGAGUCUCUUGAGUGUUGGACAGAUUUUCUAUGUAUAAACACUUUUUGGUACUAUAAACCAGCAAUUGUAAAUCGGCUUCUGCUUUUCAAUUUCAUGAUCAUUG